ACACAGUUAAGCACCUACGUAUACAAAUUUAACAAAUUUACUUCGAUUUGGCAUCAAGGAAUAAAGUUUUAAACAGCGGUUAAACACAGUUAUUGUGCAUUUGUUCGGCAUUCAACAAUUAUAAAAAAAAAAUUCUCAAAAAGCAUUCGUUUUGCACAACGUUGAGAUUUAGACCUAUCAUCCAAGUCCCAACGAUUUAUUUGCUAUUGGAAAUUAAGUGAUUGCCCCUAAAACCGAGAGCAGAAGCAACAUAGUGUGCAAAGGAGUUACAACACCUUAUCUGAGGACAUGUUUGUGACCUAAAUUCAGCAACCCCCAAUACAACCAGCUGAUAGCUACUUGCAAAAAGUAGCACAACCCAUUAGGCGAUAAAAAAGUGAAGGUCAUUAUAAUUUGAACGCGACGUUUAUGGAAAAUCGCCCGAGAUGCACCAGUCCAAUCAAUAUUUGAAUGAUAACGGAAUUAAUAGCAGCAACAACCGCAAUCACAACAACAACAAUAUCAAUAGAAUUGUCAACAAUGAGCACAAUUUGAGGCAUUGCAAUAAUGACAAUGCAUUCACCUACUUUAAGAACGGGAGUGCAAGUAGUCCGAUCUGGAAUUUAAAGAGCCCCAUCCGUGCAUCCAAUCGUAGUCCAGCAAAAACCACGAAAGCGUCAAGACAAAUAAAUAAAACCUACUAUGCUGUACCUGUAAUGGAACAAGGACCGUAUGCCAAUGCAUACCCCAAUUCGUUUGCACCGCGCAAGACGACGAUGACGUCGGCGGCCAACAACAAUAUCCACGCCUACCAGCCGCUACGCCAACAGCCCGCAGAUUAUUAUAAGGGACCCGUCCAGCAAAAGGCGCGACAUGGAUAUGGGCACAGUAAUAGCGCGCCCAACCAUCACGAAUCGGCACACUAUACGCAGGCAUCCCUUGAAAAGGAACAAUUCAAGAGGCAGCUAACGUCUCGAAGUACCUGCGAAUAUUUGGAUGACGACUCAACGUACUCCCACAGCCAUAGAUCUGCGGCCGCGGACCUGAACUGGGAAAAUAUGAUCUCUGAUCGUCAACGCUUUCAGUCGGCAGAUCAGCACUACGAGCAUUAUUUUUCGUAUUUUUACAAUCGUGCCCCAGAGAAGUUGCACAAAUCAAAAACAAAUACGAUACGGUCGUAUCAAACACCAAUGAGCUUAGUACAAGAGACAACGGGUAAACGAUCGUCGAGAAGGCCGGGAGCCCACAAUGAUAAUAAUCAAAAUAUAGAAUACGAUAGUUAUUUACUGAAGGAGAACAAUGAACUGCCGUUCGGCUACAAUGAUAGUGACUGGAUAGACUUCCCCAUCGAUGGAAUGGAGAACUCUGCAAUCAAAAUAGUCAAUGCUAAAGAUAUUUAUGAGGCAACGCCUCUUCGGGAUGAACAGUAUACCAAUGAAAGUAUACCCACUUCGCGCCGAUGCGUCAAACUGGGCGAUAUACACGAAAUAAGUAAUACGGGUGAGUCCGUGACAAUUAAAAGCAAUUUAGCAAAGAAAACACUCAAAGCCAAUGAGCCGCUGCCGUUGCCCCGUCUGCCGCUGACGCCCAAGAGAGGUCGAGGCGGACAAGCGGCUGCUAAGAAGGUGCUGCCCACUGUCCAUCGCGUCCUCUUGUACAAUAGUCAAAGCCCACGCUCGGCACGUAAGCAUCAUCCGUCGCCUAAUUUACGCAGCCAAAACGUAAAGCCUCAACCCAACCCUCAACCCAAAGGUCAAACUGCAGGCGCCAAUCAGGUCACGAACUAUAUACUGGAGGAGCCAGAUGAGAAGAACCGCGAGUUUCGCGAUGCUGAUUUCGAUAACGAUGAUGAUUUAGAUAACAUCUCGAAUUUCGAUGAUAGCGACACAGUGAGCAUAAGCUCCGACACGGAAGAUGGUUAUAGGGCACAUGCGUAUAAGCUGACGCACUCGAGCGAUCGUCUAUUAUCCUCACCCAAAGACUCUUCGACUCUGGUUUUUUCUCGGUCUUCCGAUGAGGACCUUUGCAAUCCAGAGUCCGUCUUGGUCUCCAGUCUCUUUCCAUAUGUGCCGCCCUAUCUAUCAUUUUCAUCGAACACCAAAAAAGGACCCAACGUCCCGCCAGAGCUGCACAGGAUCUUGAAAUGGCGGGUUACGAGCAUUAUGCCAAAAGUUGUUCGGCUCAUCUUGGCAAACAGUGGCAUGCGCAUGCUGAAAAAAACAAACGACUGGAUGGGUGUGUGGGGCAAGCAUUUGAAGUCGCCCUGCUUCAAAACGAUUCGCUCGUAUCAGAAAAUAAAUCACUUGCCUGGCUCCUUUCGCAUUGGACGUAAGGACUCCUGCUGGAAAAACUUGCAGAGGCAGAUGAGGAAACAUAGCAAUAGGGAGUUUGGCUUCAUGCCACGCACCUAUGUUAUCCCCAACGAUCUUUGCGCGCUGCGCAAACGUUGGCCAAAAUAUGCGCAACGUAACACGAAGUGGAUUAUAAAGCCACCGGCAAGCGCACGUGGUGCUGGCAUUCGUGUGGUGUAUCGUUGGGGUCAAAUACCCAAGCGACGACCUCUCAUUGUGCAGAAAUAUAUUGAACGUCCCCUACUUAUCAAUGGCAGCAAAUUCGACUUGCGCCUUUACGUUCUCGUAACCUCUGUCAAUCCGUUGAGAGUGUUUAUGUAUCACAAUGGCCUGGCACGUUUUGCUUCUGUUAAAUAUAGUGCCAAGGCGGAUACGUUAAAUGAUCGCUGCAUGCAUUUAACUAAUUAUAGCAUCAACAAGUUUUCAUCGAAUUACUCCAAGAAUGAGGAUGUGAAUGCGUGUCAUGGCCACAAGUGGACCAUUAAGUCGUUAUGGACAUAUUUGGCUAAUCGUGGUGUUCGCACAGAUGGCCUCUGGGAAGCCCUGAGGAGUCUGGUGUUGCGCACCAUUCUAGCUGGAGAGAAUGGCAUUAACAGCAUGAUAAGAGCAAAUGUUGAGUCCAAAUACAGUUGCUUUGAACUAUUUGGCUUUGAUGUAAUAUUAGAUUCGGAUCUGGUACCUUGGCUACUUGAGGUGAACAUCUCACCUAGUUUACAUUCCGAAUUGCCACUGGAUGCCCACGUUAAGGCGCCACUAGUGCAAGGCGUACUCAACACUGCCCUCUACAAUAUACCACCAAAACUGAGCCAGGAAAAGCAAAGGGAAUUAGCCGCAGAAUUUUGUUUCCCUGCUGGCACACAAAUGUGCUACGAUAAACGUAUGUACAUUAACUAUUUGUCGCGUGAAGAGAAAAACAAGCACAACACUUUCACACGGAAAAGCAUGGAGCAUCGGGAAGAGUACAUCGAUGCGAUUCUCGAAAAAUUGACUCCCGAUGACGUACGUUGCCUAAUUAUAGCGGAGGAUGAAUUGGCACGAUGCACACCACUCGAACGCAUCUUUCCUACAGACCAAACCUAUAAAUAUCUUAAAUACAAUGACACUCCACGCUAUUAUAAUCGCCUAUUGGACGCUUGGGAGUCACGUUAUGCUAAUAAUCGUACGGAAGGCAUUGCCUUACUGCGCGACUAUUGUCAAAGUAAAUAUCACUUGGAAGUUCCAGCUCCUCCUGCCAAAAAGGACUUGAACGUUAGCCCUGUUGAAGAGAGCACCGUCAAAAACGCGAUGUCUGUGCCGGAAGAAGUACUAGAAGCAUAAGAUUACUGGAUACCUACUAGUACUGCAAAUGCGAUCACAACAAAUUUUAAACAGAGAGAAGCAAAACACCUGCAUCAAGCAAACUGUUAAGAUUCACUUAUUGUUCAUCUUGCUAUACAAAAAGACUGAACAUUUAAUGGGUCAUCAUAAAUUCCUUGAGACACUUAGAAGUAACUUGUCAUCAUACAUCGAUGCCGGUUUAUCAAUCAACUACAUUACAUCUAAUUUUAAAGCUGAAAGCGUAUUCAAUGUGUUCGAAAACCAAGAAAAUUUGUUGUAUUAUUCAAUUCUAGGAUCCAAAUUUCUAUGUACGCCUAAUAAAAAUUUAUAA